AGAUGUGACCGCAUCACAAUCAUCCUCCCAAAGAUGAUGCCGUUAUCUGUAUCCGGGGGAAACGAUAGGUCAUUUCUACAGCAGGAGUCACGCAGGCGCAGAAAUGAAGCUGAGCUUUCUGAAUUGAAAGACGGGGUAAAUGGCAUCUGUGAAGAGGACCCUAUUUGUGGGAGAUGUCCAGACACAAACGCAGCCCUGGAAGGUGAAAUGCAACCGCGCGAUUGUGCAGAAAACUCAAUGGAGAAAAAUGUCAAGUCUGCACCGUGCCUUCAGGAGAAUGAAGUUGAAACAUCCCAGGAAAAGCCUGAGGAGAAUGAGCAUGUCGAGACAUGGUCUUGUUCCACUUACACUGGCAUGUCAGCCUAUAGCUACAAGCAGGUUACACUAAGCAAUGGUUGCCCUUGGACUGUCGAUAAGUCAUGAAUGCCAUUAGGAUAUAGCAAGUAUUGACUUGGAUGGAUCUCGUCAUAUCUCACAGCUCGACAAGCACCUUUGUAUGAUGUGAGUUCCUAGUUCCUGUACUGGAACGAACGUAAGAUGAUUUGGCGUGUGGACGUCCAUGCAUGCCCUUUUAGCGAACAUUUGGUGUCAUCACUGAUUUGGGCG